AUGCCAAGCCGGCGAAAAUCGGGCAAAAAUGCCCCGAUUCUUAGCCAUGAAUUUGUGAUAACAAAUCAUGGAGAUAUAGUCUCCUGUAUAUGUAUGGUUUUCAUGAUCGGGCUGAUGUUCCAGGUAAAAUAAUCGUAAGUUUUCUCGCCAACCAUCUCGCGCAAGAUAAUUGAAUUGUUCUUUCUCAAUCAGCUAAAUUUGAAUUUUUUUCUUCUGGUUCCGUCUUACCAGGCAACAUCCAAAGUGGCGUCAGUUUUUAUCGCGCCUCAACAUAAUGUGUCGAGAACUCUUAACGGUACGUAGAAAUAAAAAAUUUCCAUGUGUUUUACGUUUAAAAAAUUCAAUUAACUGCAUCCGUUUGGGAGACAAGCGACAGUUAACAGCACGUGAACUGCAUGUAGCUAAUACUUAGUGGUAUUUUCCUUGUCCUGGGGCAUAAAUCAAGUGUACAUCACUAUCCUUUAACUGCUAUUCGACUGCUAAAUUAGGAUCUUCCUUUCUUUCAAAAGCUUCAUCAAUUAUUACCCUUACCUUGUAGGUUCAAUCCUAAGCUGUCGUGUGCAUAUUUGAUUGGUCACUUUAAGGAGACAAUGGAACGAUACAACUUCGUUGUAAAUGCUCUUUUUUCUACAGAAAAUUGUACAUUCAAAUCUUUUUAGUGUCGUUUUCCAUAAAAAUCUUCUUCAAAAAUAAAACUUCUGUUUAGGUUGAAUAAUUCCUUCAAUUUUUUAUCUCCAGUUUUUACACAUCUCAAAAUCUGUAUGGUCCUCAAUACACCUGUACUGUGUUGACAAUUUAAACACAAUCUUACAGACUGUUAAUUUAUCUUCUAAAUUUUUUUAUGUUAUUAUAUACUUUAUGGUUGACCAAAAGUUUGUCUUUAAAAUAAUUAUGUAUAUUUUGCAAACCAGGCCUAUAGGAAAGGAGAUAACUAGAUUUUAUCAACCAAGUUGUUAAUGGAAAUUGGCCACUGUCGAGAGUUUCUUAAACUGACAUUUCAAAUGUUACCUCUUUGUCAAAGCAAACAUAUCUUUACAGUAGCCAUUUAUGAUAUCAACUCAGUUGAAAGAACCAAAUUAUCUUGUAAUACUCUCCUAUCAACUCAGCACCACAGUUUCAUUAGCGACUUACCUGCUCCCUCCCCUCCCCACCCUUAUUUUAUAGGAAACAAGCCCAUAGUGUUUAGGGAGAAGAAACAUAGUUCUAUGUUUUUAUAACAACAAUAUAAAAUAUUUUACAUCUGCUUUGCUUUGAUCUCAAUACCAAAUAAUUACAUUAACAGUUGUUACUUUUAUUUAUGAUCCUCUGAUAUAAUUACUAGAUUAAAAGAUUUUAAGAAAUGCAAAAAGAAGUAAAACACUUUCAAAAUUUAGGGUAUUUUUAUACAUUUGCAUGAUUCAUUAUGAUGAAGUGUAUGGAGAUCUUGAUAUUUGUGUAUUUGAUUUGUAAAUUAUUCCAUCCUUUAGGAACAGAAGACUUGCCAACCAAAUACACAAAUGGACCAAAGGAUUUCUGCACCAUUUUCUUUUAUUCAAUGGCAUGGAUUGUGGUGCAUGCAAUCAUCCAGGAAUAUGUCUGGGAUGUGAGCAAAUCUUUACCUUAAUUAUAAUAUUUUUGUUCUUGUGAAGAAUUAAAGUUAUUAUUGACUAACCUUUGUUUCUCUGCUUUUCUGGUUGCAGAAAGUCUCUCGAAAACUUCGUCUAUCAAAGACAAAGAAUACAAAAUUCAAUGAUUCUGGAACAUUACUUCCUUUCUAUUUCUUCUUUGCUGCUUGGGGAGCAGAUAUUGUGGUGAAGGUAAAAUGUUUUUAUAGUGUGGAAAGAUCUGUGGCAGAUUUAGGGAAGUUUCCAACAUGUUGUAUUUCUAUUUUGCUAGAAAAGAGAAAACUUUUGAAUAAAUGAGAUAUUGACUAUAAUGUUUAAGACGUACAAGGCAGGUGAAGUCCUUCCUUUGGCCAUUACUGGUUAGUAGACAAGUUUUUUUUUUGAUCACCAUUCACAGAGGCUUUUUGCGCAAGCCUUUUAUUGGCUGUUUAUUCCCCAUUAAAAUUUUAUUCAUGUGAAAAAUUACUUUAAUCUGGUUAAUUCUUGUGGGAAGCCUCUUUCUUUAAAUUUGUGUCUCAUUUAUAACCACCAUUUCCCAAACACCCAAAACAACAAUAAAAAAUUCAUGAGACAAAUGUAGUGGACAUUUUUUCCAAGUGCGUAGGCCAUAUUCGUUUAAUCACUUCCAAGCAAGGAAUUAACUGAAUUUAUGGUCCAAUCUUUUUUACUUUACUUUUCUAUUUUAGGAAGGAUUUAUUCCAAAUAUUUCAAAGCUUUGGGACGGCUAUCCACACAAUGAAAUGUCGUAAGUUCACAUAAUUUUUCUUGUCCUCCUAAAUAAUUUACCUGUGUAUCUUGCACUUUUUUGCCUGAAAGUUAGAAAUUAUCUUGAGAUGAAUUUUAAAAAUUGGUUACUUAUAUCACAUAAGAAUAGAUUAAACAGCUGUGCCCAUGAAGUUUUCCAACCCAGUCUUUGUUAGGCAGCUCAAAGCUUAUUCAUUUAUUGACACAGUUGUUUUAAAUGAUCAUUUUCCACUAGAUUCACUCUCAAGUUCUAUUUCAUCCUUCAAAUUUCUUUUUGGGUGCACUGCUUUCCAGAGCUCUACUUCACAAGAGCAAAAAGGGUAAGAAUCAAUGGCUUAAUACAGUAUUACUACAAUAAAGAACCUACACACUUCUCACAUAGAGUAGUGAACAUGGAGUAAAAGAGAUGGUAAGUUUUGAGCUCAGUAAAGAAAUAGAGAAAGAUGCUUUUUGUCUUGCCACAAGCGUGGGACAAAGAAAAAAUUCUGAGUACCCAUAAGGAAUUUAACCUCGAAGCUUUGGAUUCCAUACUCUGAUGUUCUACCACUGAGCCACAGAGACUCUGGGCCAGGUCUAUUACAAAGUUCAUAUGACUUGUGUCCAGCAUACUGCUAAGAUCAGGAAUGUCAAUAGCAUCACGUUUGGAAAUAGAACAAGAGGGAAGGUCAGUUUUGAGCUUGGAGCUCAUUUCUUGUUUUUCUUUGCAGGAAGAAAUUUUCCCCAAAGUUCAGUUGUACAUUGAAUAUCUGCUAUUCAUCUGGGCCGCCUACAUGCUGAAGUAAGACUUUGUUUAUUAAUUAUUAAUGGUAUAUGUUUUAUAUAAUACUGAGAGGUUUGAGAAUUGCCUUGUAAAUUGAUUUGUAUUUGAUUUAGUGUUCCAUGACCAUACUUGUUGAGAAUAUUUGUGGGCCAGAAAGUUGCAACAAAAUGCAAUAAUAAUUUGUUCAUAUUGUCGACAGCUUCACCCGUGUCACCCUGUGCUGCUUGGUUGUUCAUUAUGCAGUAGAGACUCUCUAUCAUGGAAUAAGAAUGUUAAACAUCAGUGGAAAGGCAGAUGUGGCUCAAAGCUUGUAAGUUAAACACAAUUCUGUCCUAAAUUAUUUCUUGCUUUUAGUAGAACGAUCUUCUUAUCAUUUUAAGAUGUUAGGUAAGUUGUCCUGUGCAGCUGAGACUGACACACAUCUAUCCUACAGGAGUACUGCUAUGUGCCCCCCUUCCCCCCCUCCCAUAGUAAAUUGUCCAUUGAGGGUUACCUCCUUCCCUCCCAGGCUACCCCCUCCCCUAUUAGAUUCCUUUCCCUCCCAGGUGCAGAGGCCCUAGAAAAACAACAAAGGGACUCUGCCCCAGUCUCAAAUGCAUUAAUUUGGAUAGUUACACAAUAUGGCACAACAACCAUUAAAAUAACAUCAGCUGGUGUGGUGUUAUUUCACAAUUGAAGUAACUGUUCAUAAAAAUAUGGAUUACAUUUGUCAAUGUCUUUUCUUUUAUUAUAGGAAAACUCUAUUGUAUCCCCAAUUUGAAACAAGAUUCAUGUCUGUGUUUACUGGCCACAAUAAUAUUCAGUAAUUUUUUCAUUUUAGGUUCUGGGUGUGGACUGUCCUAUUUGCAAUUACCCGCUUUGCCAUUAUUGCCCUUACUGUUAUGACUUUCUGGUAUGUAAUAACCAUGUUGUUAUUUUCAUCAAUUUUAUUGGAUUUAAACAAUUUCAUAAAAUAGAUAUUUUUAUAUCAAUGGUUGUCAGUGGUAUGUGGCAUUCACUUUAAGUCCCUUUGAUAAGCUAAACAAUCUUAUACAUUGUUUCCUUUUUAUAAAACAGGUAUGGACUUCCCCGUCUGGACAAUGCUGGUCUAAAUGUGGAUGUUGGAAACUUUAACAGUCCUCCAAUAAGGUGAGAAAACUAUCAUGUUUCAUCGCAGAUACCUCAGUUACCUAUUUUGUGGUCACUUGUCUAGCAUGUAAGUAGACUCUCAUCAAUAGCACUGGGGCAUAAACAAGCCAGCAAGAGGUCUGCAAAAGGGUCUGGCACUAAUAUCAGCCUUCUCACAAGCUUGCCUUGCUCAAGGCCUCAAACUUUCAUGUGGGCACAGGAAUAUUCAUGUCAAAACUAUAAUAAUGAGGGCUUCUAAUCACUUAUCCCAAAAGGACAAGACAUUACUCUUUUAACAGUUGUAGCUGAAUGCAAGGUCACUACACCAAAGGGAACAAAACAUACCCUUGUGCAGUAACAAAAAAAGAUAACGUUGUUUACAAUGUAAACAAAGGAAAGGUGAGAGAUGCUGAUGACAAUAAGAUGUCAACUAGAAAAACAACAAGGCAACCAUCUAAAAUUCAGGAAAAUGUGAGUGGCAAAGUCAUGAUUGGUUUAGUUUUGCUCUGAUUGGCUGAGAGGGUGCUGUAAGUUUUUUGGGACCAAUCACUCGGUUAAAAAAAAAAAAAUAAACUGGAAAUUUUUCUAAGUCAUAAUCCAAUUGUAUUUCAGACUCACUGCUAUGGCUGCAGUUAUACUGAUGCAAGCCUGGCUGGCAUGGAACUUCAUCUGCUAUCAGAUCAAGCUGUGGCGUGAACGUGUCAGUGCUGCCACACCCUCCAAGAAGAAAGAUACCAAGAAGAAGAGCAAGAAGGACAGUGACAAGAAGAAGAAAGAGGAAACUUUUGUUGAGGAAAGUGAUGAAAUGGAAGCUGACGAAUAUGAAAAAACAAAUGGGUCACCACAGGCUGCUGGCAAAGCUAAAAAAUCUUAAGUUAUUACAGUCGUGCCUACCUCCCUGUCAUUUAAUAAGUGGAGGUGAGGGAGGCAGUUUGAUAGUUUAUGUUAAAUGAAUAGCAAAGGGAAAGUAAGGCUGAAGUGUGUGCUUUGUUACAUGUUUAACAUUUUGAAGGGAGGCCUUUUUUCUGACUCUGUUGUUACUAUGAUAUUACAAGAUCAACAGCAGUUAAUUCAGAGCCUAAUUAAAUGUCAGAAAAAAUUUUACUGUGAAGAAAUGGUUCCCUGUCUUAGGAAUGCAGUCACGUUUCUUGGAUUUGCUUGGAUAAUUAUUCCCUGUAACUGUAUGUAGGAAGGUGGCUGUAUUUGCAGGCUGAGGUUGACCUUGAGAUGAGGACAACAGAUUGAAUAAUAAAGGAAACCUCCACUGCUGGGACAAGUUGCUGUGAAACUGACAAAAAUGUCUUGAAAUGUGAAGUAAUAUGAAGGUUUUUUUAGAACUAAUGGGAAGCAAGCACUGAAAUGUACAAAAACUGGAAACAAAUACAAGCAAUAUUGAUGUUUGAAUGUAUUUCCCUCUAGAUGCCAUUUUGUAUCAUAUGACCUCUAAAAGUUGCUACUAUUAUCACAAAACGAUAUUCCUUCAGUUUGCUAGAGCCCCAGAGGAUCAUGCAGAUAGUAAUAGCACAUUCCAUGGUGUUAAAUGGUAAUGCACAAAUUCCAAAAUUUGGAUGUUACUCACUUAUAUACCAACAAAAUUUUAUUGAAAGGUUGUUUUUGAUAAUUGAACAAGAACCUGUCCUCUGUGUGGAGGUUUUCUUUAAUUGUGUUUUCACUGUGCUAUUUUUAACAUUACCAAGAGCUUCAGUGAGUGGCUAAAGUAGUUGACCUCCUUCCUGUUACUCGUUGGUUGCCAACCUUCCACUCAACAUAUAAUAAAUAGGCCUGAAUCUUUGAAUUCAUCUCUAAUAAAUGUCUUAAAAGUCCCCUCAUCCCCCAAACAGUGUAGAAAAGUAGUGAGCAUUUUGUUAACAUCAUGUGACAUUGGAAUGGAUGAGAGGCAAAGGUCAAUGAAAGUAAUACAAAAUUUCAAAAAAAUUUUGUAGAGCAUGCCAAGACUUUUGCCACUCGUUGUUGCAAAGCUGAGUUGUUCAUUUUCCCUUUUCCUCUUCCCUUAGAGGAAAGAGUCAUUUUUCAACCGUCCAUUUUCUGUUUAAAGUAGAGCCAUUCAGCGAUGUACUGUGGCCGUUUAGCUUCUCUUAACAAUGGAAAUAAACAAUCCUGGAAGGUUGCACCUGUUGCUUUAGAAUCCUUUUAAUUUCUACUUUUCAGACCAGGUUGAAAUUAAACCGUAAAAAAUGAAGUGAGGUUUAUGAAGGAAUAAAAGAGGACACAAGAUUAAAUUAAUUUGGGAGAAAAGUGAAAACUUACAUGUAUAUGGCAAAAAACAAAAUUAUAAUUCAUAACUAGUAUUUCAACAAUUAAAAUGUAAGUUUGCUCAAUGUAAUUUAUGGUUUUAACUCGUAUUUGGUUUAUUCCGUGAUAACCAUCCAGAAAGAAACAUGUUGUGAUUUGUUCAUCGAAAAGAUUUAGAAUCAGUUUACUAUUCACCAUCCUUUUUCCAUCGUUGACCAUUGCCUCUUUCUCUCACUCAGUCUCUCGAGACUGAUUGAAGCAAUGUACACAAUGAACUGUUUUACAAAUGACUAGGAAUUAUUGUGUGUUCGCAGAAUUAAAAAAGAUAAAUCGGCACAGUUUAAAUCAUCGAUUGUUUCAAGUUUAUUGUUGUUAAACUAUAUUCCUAUCUUCUUUAAAACCAAGUAUUCUUCAACCUGUUGUAGACAGUUCUUAUGCAUAUCUAUCAGAUAUGAAAUCGGUGAAUUAUAUAUCUUGAGGUAGC